GAGGAUUGAAAAAGGAAAAACCCUUUCAAUUUCAUUUUUGGGCAUAAAUGGAUUUUACGAGGAUACUGCCAGAAGAGUGCCAAAGUCUGAUCAUAUCGUUGACUUCGCCGGCGGAUGCUUGUCGGUCGGCGAUGGUUUCUCCUUCGUUGAGAUCAGUUGCAGACAGCGACGCAGUUUGGGAAAAGUUUUUGCCUUGCGAUUAUAAUUCGAUCCUUUCAUCAUCGUCUUCGUUGCUUUCACUGGGGAAGAAGGAACUUUACUCUCAUCUCUCUUCUCAUCCCGUUCUCAUCCGAAACGGUACCAUGAGCUUUCAGUUGGAGAAAGGGAGUGGGAAAAAGUGCUACAUGCUGGGGGCAAGAGCACUCUCCAUCAUAUGGGGAGAUACUCCUUCCUAUUGGACUUGGACAUCCGAACGAGAUUCUAGAUUCCCUGAAGUUGCUGAGCUUAAACUAGUAUGGUGGCUUGACGUGAAGGGAAAGAUGGAGACCCGAAUUUUAUCUCCCAACACAAACUAUGCAGCAUACCUUGUGUUUAGGUUAAGACGUCGUCAUACAAGCGGGUUUAGACGAAGAACCGUCGGUUUAAAUGUGAAUAUCGACGGAAUGGUUCCGAGAGAAGCACAGAGGGUGUCACUAGACUCACGAGAUGAACCCCAACAUGUUCGGGAGAGAGGAGAUGAGUGGAUGGAGGUCGAAAUGGGCGAGUUCUGGAGUGAAUGUGGCGAUGACGGAACCGUGGAGUUUGGUCUUAAGGAGAUCGACACAAGUUACCACAAGCGUGGUCUCAUUAUCGAAGGAAUUGAAAUUAGGCCUAAAGAUAUUGGUAGCUAGUUAGACGAUGGACAUUAUUUUCCUCUUUUAUUUGGUCCAACGUACUAAUAAUUAGAAGAAAAUAAAUGUGUUGCUCCUUCUUAUAAUAAUUACAUGAUUAUCA